AUGACGUCCACGGUCGAUCCGAUUCCGAGCACACCCUCCGGCCAUGUUACGGCUGCCGUGACCCCCCGCCAUUUUCACAUUGUCGCCCUCGAAACCAUCUUCACCGGACCGCUCUACGUCACAGUUCCGGCGCCGCACACCUGCACUUUUGUCCAGUAUGAGCGCACCGACAGGAGCCCGGGCAGCAGCGAGUUGGCCACCCGUCUGCGCGACGCCGACAUUGUCCUCAUGACCACCAUCCCCAUGCGUGCUGAUAUCCUGGCUUCCACUGCCACCCCACGUCUGGGCCUCCUCGCCGUCAUGGCUUCGGGCACCGACACCAUUGACCUGGUCGCAUGUGCGGCCCGCGGCAUCCGCGUGCUGAACAGCCCUGGCUGCAAUGCCGAGUCUGUGGCCGAGCACGCCGUCGCCUUGUACUUUGCCACCCGUCGUCGACUGAUGCCAUCUAUGCGGCCGCUGCUGCGUGGGCUAUGGCCAGCCAAGGGAACGCUGCUGCAUACAGCCGUGCAGGGGCCCAGAGGCGCUGAAAGUGAAGCCGAUGCCUGGCCCCGCGGUUGUGUCCAGGAGACGGCCGUCAUCGUCGGCUACGGCGGUGUGGGACGCCGGGUGGCUGCUAUGCUGCAGGCGCUGGGAAUGACCGUUCUCGUGGCCGGACGUAAGGGUGACGAGGCUGUCGACCAGCCGCUGCCACGCGGACGGACGGCCUUUGCGGAAGCCCUCCGCGUCGCCUCCGUGCUCGUGCUCUGCUGUCCACGCACACCCGAAACUCUGGGGAUGCUGUCCACGGCCGAGUUUGCGGCCAUGAAGAAAGAUGCCCUCUUGAUCAACGUCUCGCGGGGUGGUAUCGUUGACGAAGACGCCCUGCUGGCCGCCCUGCGUGGCGGAGAAAUUGGCGGCGCCGGCGUCGACGUGUUUUCCACCGAGCCGGCCAGCUUGGAGAACAACUCGCUAUUGCGGGCGGCCGUUGAUGAGAUGGAUCAAGACGAUGCCAGUCGGGAUCGACGGCCGCUCAACCUAGUCGUCACGCCACAUACGGCCUGGAUCGCCUCUGCCACGUUAAAUAACAACAUCCGCGUGAUGCAAGAUAAUAUUGACGGUUUCAUCACAGGAAACCUGGUUGCUGAGCGCGUGAGGGCAUAA